UUUUUAGAAAAAAUAGAAGGAAAUAUUGUAGAUAAUACGAAUACACUUAGUACUGUCCUUCAAGAAGUCAUUAUUAUUAAAAAACAAAUCGAAACACAAAACGUAAAGAAAUUUAAAGUCAAAACUAUACCUUCAAAUGAGUUGUCUGACCCAUUAUUUAACAUUACAAAUCGAAAUACAUAUAUUAUAAAGAAGAUGUAUAAAGGGCAAGAUGUCAUUUGUAAACCGGCAAAAAUAGUUCAAGAUGAUACAAAUGAUAGUAAAAGAAUCCAAGCACAACUCACCAUUUUGAGAAAACUUAGGGACUCACCAAACAUUUUAAAAUUUUAUGGCAUCUCUAUGGUUGAUGGGGAUCAG